CACAGUUGCCGCACUCAAGUAAUACUCACCAGCUCACGUCAUCAACACAAGGUCGUCUUCGAGCGCAGAGAUCACACAAGUGGGAUGCCACCUCCCUUCGUCGACCUCCCAUCAGUCGUUGCAAGUAUGUCGCUUGUCCUCUCUGGUUCAGACGAGCCUGAGUUCCUCCGAGCCAUUCAGCCAUGCCCUUGGUGUCAGAGAAGCGGCCCCGUGCCCAUGCUCACGUAUUCAUCCCCUCCAUUUCCGACUUCAAUACGCUCACGAAAGUCGAUGACCCCGACGGCUGUGCUCUCGAGGUCUCAGCACUUACAGAUUCAACCAAUGUACCCACUGGCGUGCAGUUGGUCCACUGGGCAACAGGCGAGCGUACGCGCACGGUCUGUCGUGUCCUCAUGCAACACCCAGCCUACAAUGGGGAGAUCAUCAAUCGCAGGACCGUCAUCUGCAAAGUGAUUUACGGUGGCAAGCGACAGCGAUCGGCACUGCACCAUGAGAAGCAAGUCUACGACGCACUGGAAGAACUUCAAGGGAAUAUUAUACCCCGUUGCUAUGGACUGUUCGAGGGAGAACUAGGCGGCGAGCUAGCUACCUGUUUAGUGCUUGAAGAUUUCGGGGAACCUCUGACUCGCAACAAGUCGGCACACGAGGACGAGGCAUUCAGAGGCGUACAACACAAAGACUUGAGGCCAGGUAACUUUCGCAAGAAGAGCGACGGAGGUGCCGGUAUCAUCGACUUUGAGACCGCUGUGAUGAACCACAAUUGUCCUGUGGUCCACGUUGAGAACAGCGCAGCGGUAUUCGAGUUCGGCAAGCUGGCACUUGAAGAACCCGAUGUCGAUUGUAGAGAAUUGUGGGAGACCGCGUGUCGCGUUGCGGCAAUCUGGAAACCAAGCUCACGGAUCUCAUAG